AUGGCCCUCUUCAGGGCAGUUCCUACAGUUGCAAGAUGCUCGCUCCGAGUCCUGUUCCCUUUUAACACCCUCACCAACGCAUCGUUCACAAAGUGCACCCGGCAGGCGAAUUUCGGUGGGGACAAGCGCAGGAUAUCCCAUGGUGAAAAAUCCCGGCUUGAACAACAACUUAAAGAGAGGGAUGACAGCAAGAGAGCGUCAUUCCUUCUGCAAACCUUUCUGCAAAGGGGACCGAAUGUACUUCGCCGAAAGUUGAUUCUUCUCCUUGCUGGCGUGUUUGUUGGUGCUUCACUUGUUCAGUUUGCGGACAAUGAAAAGAAAAGAGCGGGCUUCCUCCCAUGUCGACUCGUGGCAAAGGAGCCGGUGUCUACUACCGGAAGCAUUUUUUACCUCGAACCGAAUCAUAGAGACUACGAACAUUGGCAGCUUCACGCCCUUUUUAAUGGCAUCGUUUACUACCUUGACUACGCAUACAAGGCAGAGGAGACGGACAAGCUGAGAAAAGCAUGGAAAACAGGAGCUGUAUGGAAUGUCGAGUUCAGACAACCUCAGUUGCAGAUCUUGAGGCCCUACACACCUCUCCCGCCGAGUGAUGUCGAUGGUAAAGAGAGGAAAGGAUGUUUGAAAUUCUUCAUUCGUAACGAGCCCAAGGGCGAGAUGUCAUCUUAUCUUCAUUCGCUGGCGAAAAAUGCAGAAGUUAGCGUAAGAGGGCCGAACUAUGACUUCAGAUCGGGACCUGACGUUCGUCAAAUCGUGUACUUCGCUGGUGGAACGGGUAUUGCUCCGGCUUUGCAAGUUGCUCAUGCUUUGCUGGGCGACACUAAGACCAAUCGGACUGUCGAUCCAGCACAGCUUGCAACUCGCAAGUUGCACAUCCUCUGGGCGAGUAGAAAGCGGAGUGACUGUCAGGGAGGAUUUAACGAUACUUCCCCACGAUUGCCAAACGUCCGGCAGUCCGAGUCCAAGUCUCAGUUUAGGCUCAAGGCCAACCUAUUAACAUCUAUUUCGAAUCUAUGGAUCGGAAAGGAACAACCUCGGCCACCACCUAUUCUACAACCAGUUCCCCCAUCAAUAUUGGCUGAAGACAAGGUCACUCCUCACGACAAGAGCUUUCUAGUUCGAGAGCUUGAGGCGUUGAAAGAAAAGUAUCCCAACCAAGUGGCGGUGGAGUAUUUUGUCGACGAAGAGAAUACCUGGAUAGAUCAGGAUACCGUGUCAAAGGCUUUGGCAAGGCUCCAGGCCGCGGACGCCCCCACCGAUGGUCAAAGUGAAGUGUUGGUCUCGGGUCCGCCGGGCUUUAUCUCUAACCUGGCUGGUCCGAAGGAGAUGCAGCAUGGAAUAGAAGAGCAAGGCGCUCUUGGGGGCCUCAUCUCGACAGCUCUAUCGAAAGCACCGCAAGACGUGAAAGUCUGGAAGCUCUAA